AUGGAAAUUAAGUUGAAAGUAGGAAAACAGAGUUCCGGCAUCACGACGGCGAUGCGUCGGCGAUACACCGGAAUCCUUACGUUCGGGAGGACUGUUGUGCAGUGUCCACGACCUCGAAGGCUCUCCUUGAACAAAGACGAUGUAGGCAAUCUGUAGAUCUCCUUGCAAAGUCUAGAGAUCAAUGAAAUGAGUCGUCAAAUCGUCUCCGUUGGCUGUCACCUGGCGGAGCGAAAAAAUGACAACUUUGUGGCUCUCCGGCGGCUGUCACCCAACGGAGAGGAGCUAGAUGGAGGUGAGGUGCGUGUCAGGGAGCUUCAUCCUCAGGUUUGCGCAGCAAGAGGAGGCUCUUCAUCACAUCUGGUAAGCUCUCAGGAGGUGGCGACUCGUCUCUCGGGGGAUCGUCUUCUUCCUGAUGAUGGCUUGUUCAUCGAUCAAUCGGAGAUGCUUUACUCGAUGGAUUCAUGAUCCUUUUAUCGCGAAUCGUUCAGUAAUUUUAGUAACAAUGCUCCGUGAAUCGUGUUGAUGAGAUUUUCACCGAUGAUCCAACGACUCUAGUUGCUGAAUCCUUCACCGGCAAUCUGUAGGAAAGUCGCGAUAAUCAGAUGAAAAUAUGAGUUUUGGCUCUAGGAGGAUUCGAACCCCUGCUGGUUGUUCGCCCUUUCUGGGGAAGGUGAUGCGGGUUUAGUCCCACAUCAGUUGUGCGCCAAAGUUAUUGGAGAAUAUAAAGUAAUAUUACAUUUCCGAUCAAGUCCCUUUCUUGUGCGUGUACGACCACUCCUUGCCCCAUAGCCGUCUAGCCACCGGUGAUGUGGAAGGGGAGUGGCGGACAUGUGCCCCCAUCGGCUCAAGCUGCUAGAGCCCCUGCUCACAGCUCCUGCCCAACUGUGCUUCCAACUUGCUUGUAGGCUCGGCUGGCCGGUGGGUCCACCCCAUUUUGCUAUUUUUAUUUUAAUUUCUUUUCCUUCAUUUAUCUCAAAAGUAAGACUGUAAAAAUCAUAUAAAAUCACAUAAUUACCCAAAAAUUCACGUUACUCAACUGAAAACCACUUUUCACACUUUAACACAAAUAUAAGUCUAUUUAUCAUGAGUUAAGGCUAAAACUAUAUUAUUUACUAGUUAUUAACUCAUGAUAAUGAAAACUUAUCACACCCCCCAACUUAAAUCAUUGCUAGUCCCUUAGCAAUAGAAUUACGAAAAUAAAAAUUAACAAAUCUUAAACAUCAUAUUUUAAUACAUAAAAAAAAUACAAUUAGAAAUGAUGCACCUUUAGACACUUUGGACUCUUAUAUCAAGUAUUUAAGAAUGAUGUCAAGCACUUAAAUGUUUAAGCACUCCUUGGAAUAACAAUCUAGAUUUCUUUUCUUCUAUUCACAUCUUUAUCACUUCUUCACUCAUAGAUAUAUUUACAAGAUGUUCAAAUUAUCAAUAAUAAUCCAAGAAUCAUAUUGAGCCUACAUUUCUCUUUUUCCAUGGCUUGAUUUUUGAAGUGUGCACUAUAUUUCUUUCUUCUUUUUUCUUUUUUUGAUAUAUAUAGUAGAUAAGUAACUUUUUCUGUAGACAAAUUUUGACAAUAAGAAUGAUGUCUCACACCCUCCAUGUGUACUCUUCAUUUUCAGGGCUUUCACUUUAUCCACUUAUUUUGCAGCAAGUGUUUUUCUAUACAUGAUUUUCGAUAAUGAGAAUGAUGUCUCACACCCUCCAUGUGUACUCUUCAUUUUUAGAUUUUUCACAUUGCUCUCUCUCUCUUUUUCCAAAAUAAGUGAUUUCUCCUCACAAGUCCUAUAGAUCAGGGUGUAAAAAUCUCUAUUAAACUCAAAUGAUCAAUUAAUUUUCACAUCAAGUAAAUACUAUCCAUCAAGAUCAUGAAAUGAAAAUCUUUAAAAUCAAAUCCAUGUUAUCUAUCAUGUAUCCAAGGAGUAUUCCAACAUUUCAUGCUACUAGAUCAUUCUUUUGACUCAAUAAUAAUCUUCCUAGUAUCUUUUGGUAUCAAUCAAUCUAAUUAUUUUAAUUUUUCAUGCAUGCAAUAUGAUGUAAGAAAUUUGUAAAUUAGAUAGUUCUGACAGUUCUGUUUUCUAUUUUCAGUUCUGUUUUUAGCAACAAUAAAUUUGUCAAAAAUAAAUCAAAACUAUCUUCUUUAUAGCUGUAAUUUCGAAUUUCAGUAAUAUAUAUCUAGGGGAUUGAAAUGUGAGAAAAGAGUCUCUAGAAUUUCAAAUUUCGGGCUGUUUUUGGUUUGCUAUUUUUGACAGUCUGUUGUUCAUGACAGAAAACUAGAAAAUAGAUGUUGCAUUUUUUCCGAAUUUUGUUUUAUUUUUUAUUUUUUCAAUUGCUGUUCUAUUGCAAACACAUGUUCUUAAUUGUUCUACAGCAUAAAUUAAUAAUGAAUACUUCACCCCCCAACUUAAACAUGACAUUGUCCUCAAUGACAUAGAAAAAUCGAAACAGAAUAUGCAGAAAAUAUAAUUUUCAAGUGAAGCAUGCAUAUAUACAAAGCUAAGCAUUAAAAAUAUUGUCAUAAACGAUAAAGCUCAGAAAGACAUUACCUCAACCUCGUUUUUAAUUUUCUACUUCAUCUUACACUCCUCCUCCUGCACUUUUUCGAAAAAACAAAUAUAGAAAUAAGUACUGCGAAAUUCUAAGAAAAACAGAGCUUAAAAAAAAUCAAACAGAAUGAAAUAAAAACCAUGGGUUGCCUCCCAUGCAGUGUUGAAUUUAAUGUCUUCAGCUGGACAGCUCUUAGAUCAUAUAAGAUGAUCUAUGGCCAUCAAAAUAUAUUUGUAUCCCAAGGUAAGUUUCCUGAUAUUCUUUUUCAGAUUUAGCAAAAAUUCGUAUACUUCAUAUAUAUACCUUGACAUACUUUCAGCCAAACAAAAUGAAAAUUAACAAAUGUUUCCCAAAAAUAAUAUUUCCAUUUUGAAAAGAAUCUUUCCUCAUUUCUAUCUUGUUUUGUAAGGCUCUGAUUCAUUAAUAAAUACUUUAUAUUAAUAGACCAUAAAAUGUGAUCAUGCCAUAUAAUUUUUGAAUUAGCUCUUACCCAAUCUAAAUUCUUUUCAUCUAAAUUGAUAUCUCUAAUUCUUUCACUCACCUAUUUCUUAAUGUCUUCUUUUAUCUACAUAAUCUUCCCCUAUUCCAUUUUAUCUUCCAUACAUAUUUGUUCAUUUGCGAAGAGUGAAAUAUUUCAAGCUUAGAAAUAAUUCUAAUGGGCUGUGGGUUUUGAAGGACGGAAAGAUUAUCUUCUUUAAUCUCAAAUCUAAUAAAUUCAAUAAAAUUCAAAUUUUCUCCUCUAAAAUUAUCUCUAUAUUCAUAUCCAUUAUUUUUGUUUCUCCCUAUUAGUUGAAUCAACUCUUUUUCUAGCUUUUUGUUUCUCAACUCAUCAAAUUAUUCAUCUUCCCAAGAGCUAUCUUUUAAUUUCGGUAUAUGAUAUACACCAUCAUCCUCACUAUCAACAUCCAUGGCUGUAAAAUUAUGAUUAGAUUUAUUAAUUUCAUCUCCUACAUCUCUCAAAUCAACUGAUUAUUCUUCCUCUGAAAUAUAUUUCUCUUCAUUUCUGUCUUUACUCCCUUCUACUAAAAUUUGGAUGAUUUUUCCAUGAUCAACUGCUGUUUCUUUAUCUAAGGGCUCUUUUUCCUCAUCAUCCUCACUAUAUUCAUUCAUCAAUUGUGAGCAAUAAAUGAUUUUAUUCAAACUUUCUGCUACUAUAUUUUCAGUCUUAAUAUUCUCAUUUACUUCUAAUGGCUCAUCAAUUUCUUCUAAUAAUUAGAAAUAAGGAUCAGGUAAAAUAUUCUCACUCAAUGUAUUCACUGUCCUAAUAUUUUCAUUUCAUGAGUUUUUUUCUAAAUUUAUCUAGCUAGACUCUCCUUGCUGAAAUCCUACUGUUGGACAGUUUCCUAAAUUUUCUAUGGGCUAACUAGGUGGUUGUCGCUCUUCUCUCUUAUGCCCAAGAGCCUCUAUAAUUUGUUUCGGGUGCAGCAUCAUUUGAUUCAUAGUUUGUUACAUCAUUUGGCUCAUUUGCUACAUCAUUUUCAUAGUAUCAAGUUGGGUUUGAGAGGGCUGAUUUUUUUGAAAUCUGUUUUCUUAUUUUGGACGAAAUUCAGAGUUUGAAUUGGAUCUAAGUGCUUCUAGAUUUUAAAUAUUAUUUGGGUUUCUACAUGAAAAAUUAUUUCCCCAAUUAAGAUUAUAAGAAUUAGAAAAAUAUUCCUUACUUUUACUAAAAUCGUGGGGUACCUACACUUGUUCUUGCUUAUGAUGAUAUUGAAAUUCGAAAUGAUCAUUUUCACCAUACAUAGGAUAUGUACUAUUUGAAUUAAAUUGAGGGUUAAGAGGCAUUCUAAUAUUGUCAAUAAGUAAAUCAAGUUUUUCUAAUCUUUGAUUAAUCUGAUUAACCUCAUUUCUAAAUUUAGAAUCAUCAUCAUGAUGCAAUUCAUAAAUUCCUCUCUUCUUAUAUCUUGUCAUAUAAUUCAAAAGACGCUUGAUCUCUAGAAUUUUCACUUAAAUUCUCAUAAAGACUAUAAAUCUCAUUAGGGGUUUUCUCCAUAAAAGCUCCUCCACAUAUAGAAUCAACCAUAUUUCUAUAUUGUUAUAAUAAUCCAUCAUAAGAAAUUCUAUUGAGCUGCCACUUGGGUAUAGCAUGAUGAUAACACUUUCUAAGUAAAUCUUUGAAUGUUUCCCAUGUCUCAUGUAAAGUUUCUCCUGGUCUUUGAGAAAAACUCCUUAUAUAUUUUCUCAUAUUUUGAGUUUUACCUAAGGGAUAAAAGUUUUGAAGAAAGGGCUGUUCUAUGUCUUUCCAACUAGUUAAUUCUCUAUCUAAUGUGGACAGCAAAUGGCUAGCUUUGUCCCUAAGUAUAUGAGGAAAUAAUUUCAUCUUAAUAAUUUCCAGUGUAACUUGAGGGAGAUUAACUAAAUCACAGACCAUAUGAAAUUUUUCUAAGUACUGAUGAGGUUCCUCUAAAGGCAAUCCAUGAAAAUUAGGGAGCAUUUGAAAAAUUCCUAGAUUUCUUUUGAAUUUAAUAGUGGGUGCUAAUGAGACUCUAAUAUUGGAUGCUUGAUGUAGGACGGGGCAAGAACCCUUGUACUUGAUCAAUGAAACUCAAGACUCGGGAAGGGGUAGUCAGGUUGAUCCGAUAAGAAUGUAUGGACCCUAGACUCUAGGUCUGACCACUUAACCUAAGUACAAGCAGGCGUACCACUAUCAACCCAGGACAACCCGGGAAAACACUCGACGAUGGUAAGUGUCAGGCCCUCUCGGUCCACGUCUGGACAAAUGGCGGAACGGUCAUCGUGAAGUAGCCUAGGGCUACAGCUCAUGAAUGGUGGCGAGUCUGACACAGUGUCAGAAGUCAUGAUCCGAUAACCUGUCCUAUCCUGUCUACAUUCUCCUGAUGGCGGUGGAAAUGAGCCGAGGAAACCCUUCCAAAGAUAAUUAAACUUAAGUAAGAAGGGGUACGGAGCUAACCUUUGGGGCUACGUAGCCCGGCGGGUCGUGACGGAGCGGAGACUCGACGUAGGCAAAGACGUCUGGUGAAGAUCGAUGCUCAGUGUCAACGGUCAGUCCUGGUCGAGAGUCGCCGUAGUCGUUGUCGUAAGGUGUGGCACAGUCGGCGCGGGCAUGGGCCUGCAGGUGGGCCGAAGGGCGCGCUACGGGCAUGCGCGGCAAGCCACGCAAGGCGCGCGCGGUGGCGGCACUUCGGCGGGAAGGCUGAGUGUCAACAGCCCUUCGGCAAGAAUGCCGAGUGUCAGCGGCGCUUUGGCAAGAAUGCUGAGUGUCAGUGGCACUUCGGCGGGAAUGCCAUGCGUCGGUGGCGCUUCGGCGGGAAUGUCGAGCGUCGGCGGUUGGGCAGAAACCCAACUGUCGCUGGAAGGAUCAGACUUCUCUGGUGGCGUCGGGGAGCGGAGCAGAGGAAGGAGAUGAUCCGGCCAACGAUACCAAGAAGGGUUGAGCUCUCCUGGUCUACGCGGCGCCGGAAACGGCGCGAUGGCGGCGGAGCGUCGGGAAACUUCAGUAGGGGCCUGUGAGGAGCUUGGACUGGAUCUAGCUCAUCGGCACAGCUGUAGGGUCUCUCCUGACGUUGGUGGAAAGUAGGCGUUCGUUGGUGAACGGCCAGCGACUGGGCGGAGCGGCGGAUGGCGACUCCAGCGAGUUUAUGGUGGAGUUCCGAAGGAAGAGGUGGCAGUCGAACUAGGAGUCGAGAGACUCCGGCUGAGUGCUCAGCGACGACUCGUAGGGGAGGCAAAGCAAGCCCCUUUCGUCACGACGGCGUGACGCGGUUCCAGCAUAGGCGGCGGCGGUUGCAGCAGCAUCAUGAUGAACGAAGUCCUCAGGGUAUCAACAGCCUUCCUCUCCCUCCUUCCCUCCCUAACCUAGGUCACAAAGAAGGUAUCUCACAACGAUAAUUUCUCACAAAAUUCGGCACUUCCUUGAGGGGGGGUCCUACCUCCCCUAUAUAGGGCCCACAAGUGGGCUAAGGAGAGGUGGGCCCACUUGAGGCCCUCAAGCCCAUAGGCCACAAAAGGCUACAAAAGGGGCUUAUUGGGCCUCUAAAACAGAGACCCAAUAAGCUCCCCUAAAAGGAGAAAGAGGAGUGCCCUCGUAUGGUGCUUAAGUGGGCCUCAAAUGAAGACCCAAAUAAGCCCAAAAGAGGCCCAAAGAAAAGGAACAUAGGUCCCCCCCCUUAGGGUUUUAAUUGGGCCUCAAAAGAGAGACCCACUAAACCCUAAAGAAAGGGAGACACAAACAACAACACACACACAUAGAAUUGGGCCCACUAACACACAAACACGAGGCCCAACAAGUCAACGUAAAAGUACAAAGAAAGAUAAGGGUGAGCUCGAGCUCGUCGUCGUCGCGGAGGUGGAAUGUCGUCAUCCCGAAGGGCUAAGCCAUGUAGCGAAAGCCAAGCUCCUUCGUCUUUGUGCGUCAAUCGGGCUGAACUCGGACUACUGGUGUCUCCUGAGCUAAUGGAGAUGGGUCCCGCUCGCCAUCAAUGCUCUUUGAAAUGAAUAAGGGAUAUAAUGAUUUUUCAUAGCCAUAGGAUUGCUCUCAGUUUGACCUGUACUUCAUUUAGGAUCCAUCAAAAUUAAUUUUUCUUUCAGAUUUUUAGUUUUGAAUGAAAUAAUAAAAGGAUUUUCUAGCCUUGGAUGCAAGGAUCUUCUACCAUGCAUAAAAAAAAUAAAUUUGAGGAAAAGUUUAGUAACUGUUACCCUCCUUCAGUAUGCUCUAGUCCUUGCCUUGCUUCUGUUCGUUCCCUUUUCUUUCUUUUCUCUUUUUAAAAAAAAAAAUUGGCAAAAAUAAAAUAAAACAAGAGUUAAAUUUUUUUGUGUACUCUAAGAGAAAAAUAGAAAAAUACUAAAUAUUAUACAAUACAUCUCCAGCAAUGGCACCAAAAUUUAUAAAUACUAAUAUUAAAUCAUGCAAAUCUAAAAUUUAUAAAACUAGAAAAUACGAAUUUUUAGACAUUUAGAAGUAUUUCUGAACAAAUAUAUCAAUUAUAAUUCAAUAAAACUUCCAAAAAUAAUGGUAAUUUUCCAGGUCGAUCACAGGAUGUAAUAUAAUAUCUGGUAAUUAUUUAGAAUUUUCCUCAAAGAACACUAUUUUCUAUGAAUUUUAUACAAGUAAAUGAAAAAAUAUAUAUUUAAAAUUCACGAAAAAAAGAAAUAAGGGUGCGGACGUCAGGAUGACGUCAGUCUCGGCGAACACGAAUCGGGUGGAAAUAGAGUUCCAUCCGGUGAUUCUUACGUAAGCAAUUACAGACGAUUUAAUUGAUCAAAUUAAGAUCUGUAAAAGCCGGAAGAAUCGUAAUGAAAUUAAGUAUAUCUUGGUAAAUUUAAAAUCAACAAAUUAUCACUAAAUGAAAUGGAAAUGAAGUUGAAAGCAGGAAAACAUAGUUCCGGCAUCGCGGCGGCGAUGUGUCGGCAAUGCACCAGAAUCCUCAAUGUUCGGGAGGAUCGUCAUGUAGUGUCCACAGCCUCGAAGGCUCUCCUUGGACAAAGACGAUGUGGGCAAUCUGUAGAUCUCCUUGCAAAGUCUAGAGAUCAAUGAAAUGGGUUGUCGAAUCGUCUCCAGUGGCUAUCAGCUGGCAGAGUGGAAAAACGGCGACUUUGCAGCUCUCCGGCGACUGUCACCCGACAGAGAGGAGCUAGAUGGAGGUGAGGCACGUGCCAGGGAGCUUCAUCCUCAAGUCCGCGCAGCAAGAGGAGGCUCUUCAUUACAUCUGGUAUGCUCUCAGAAGGUGGCGACUCGUCUCCCGGCAGAUCGUCCUCUUUCCGACGACGGCUUGUUCGUCGAUCAAUUAGAGAUGCUUUACUCGAUGGAUUUGUGAUCCUUUUAUCGCGAAUUGUUCAGUAAUUUUAGUAACAAUGCUCUGUGAAUCGUGUUGAUGAGAUUUUCGCCGAUGAUCUAGCGAUUCUGGUUGCUUAAUCCUUCACCAGCGAUCUGUAGGAAAGUUGCGAUAAUCAGAUAAAAAAUAUGAAUUUUGGCUCUAGGAGGAUUCAAACCCGUGCCGGUUGUUCACCCUUUCUGGGGAAGAUGACGCGGGUUUAGUCCCACAUCAGUUGUGCGCCGAAGUUUCUGGCGAAUAUAAAGUAAUAUUACAUUCCCGAUCAAGUCCCUUUCUCGCGCGUGUACGACCACUCCUUGCCCCACAGCCGGCUGGCCACCGGUGACGUGGAAGGGGAGUGGCGCACACGUGCCCCCAUCAGUUCAAGUCGCUAGAGCCCUUGCUUGCGACUCCUGCCUGACUACGCUUCCGACCCGCUUGCGGGCCCGGUUGACUAGCGGGUCCACCCCAUUUUGCUAUUUUUAUUUUAAUUUUUUUUUCUUCAUUAAUCUCAAAAUUAAGACUGUAAAAAUCAUAUAAAAUCACAUAAUUACCCAAAAAUUCACGUUAAUCAACUGAAAACCACUUUUCACACUUUAACACAAAUAUAAGUCUAUUUAUCAUGAGUUAAGGCUAAAACUAUAUUAUUUACUAAUUAUUAACUCAUGAUAAUGAAGACUUACCAAGUAGCCUCUGGCAUUAAAAGACUCUUUGCCAUAAUUUAAUGGGAAUCUUACAGUGUAAAAUUAUUUUAUUCGUAAAAUUGUGUUGAUUGUUUGACAAUAAGCCAUCAACUUCCAGUCAUCUUGUUUCUAUAGCAUCACAACCUUUCUUUUUAUCCAUUCCAUAUAUUUAAAAAACAUUUGCAUCACAAUAGUUUGACAGCGUUUAAAGUUUAAGGUACUAUCUAACAAAUUGAGUUUAAUCUCAAGAAAGAUUGACUCACAUUUCUAACAUUUAGGAUUAAUAAUAUUUCUCGAAAGAUUAAUAAUUUAAAAUUUCUCAUUUGUGGAUAUAAUCUAGAACUCUUUGUGCAAGAGGACCAGAAACACUUGGAGUUACUAAAUAUAUUUAAACAUAUAUAUCAUUGCACAUAAUAGUUGUUCCAACAUUUUUUGGAGUAAAUGACCAAUAUCUUUGAUAGCUAAGGUCAAAAAGUCAUUUAUGUGGCUAAAAAUUAUCAUCAUAAUAAAAUUUAUAGAUUGAAGAAAUAACUGUAGAAUAUGUAUUCUAGUUUAUCACAUUGAUGAACUUCUAAAGCAUUUCAAUUAACAAAGGUCAAGGUCACGAAGUAAAAAUUCCAAUAAAUCCAUUUUUCUUCUAGUUCCAUGAAAUGAGUUCUUCCUGGAAAUUGAGUAAUGGUAAUCCACACAGCAAUUCAUAUGUCAAGUUUGCUCUUCAAUAUUGUGUUAUAGCAAGUAUAGGCAUACAUUUAACGAAAUAUCAUGUGAUACAUAAUCGUUCAUUAUUUGAUAAGAAAACUAAUAUUCAACAGGCAACAAAUUAAUUUUAUGUAGUUACUAAGAAAUUUUAAUUAAUCUAUUAUAUUAUCAACAAUUACAGAAUAAAUGUUAUUUAUCAAUUUUUAAAGAUUGCUUUCUUGGCACAAUAUGUUAAUGGCAUUAGUAGACCUCUAUGUUAUGAUGGUGAUCAUAACAUUUAGAACAAUAGUUUGAUAAAGAUUAUGAUUAUAGAAUUAGGUAUUUGAUGAUCAUAAUGAUUUCUAUCGAGGAAAGUUCUGAGUUGUGUAAAAUCAAGACUAAAGAUCAAAUGAUUUUUUUUAUUACAAGCGAAUUUAAAUAUUCUCAUGACCCUUGAAAAUUUGGCAAAAACUUGCAUAUGCUCUAAAAUGGCAUUCACUCCAAAGGAAUUUCUGUAAAUUAUUGAACAUUUUAAUAGAAUAUUAUCUACACAUUUUCUCAAUGUCCUAUCACAAGUGUCAAUACAUAUGUGUUGAUGCAUGAGGAUAGAGAAGGAGAUGAGUAUUAGGCAUAAUAGAAAAUCACAACAACAAAACUAUUCAUUGGGUGACAUCUGUAUAAAAUGACUAAUUUUAGACUUUAACUCACCCAUUGAAAAAUCACUAAAAAUAAAUAAAAAAUAAGUAAAUAUAUAGGGGAACCCUCUCCUCAACUAUAAAUAUAGAAGAAAAACAAAAAAUGAUGAUCAAGAGUGGAAGAAGGUGAAGUAAUCACAGGUGCAAAGGGAGAUAUUCAACAUUUUCUCAUUUUGAGGCUUUCAAAUGAGAAAUCAAGGGCAUUCAAGCCUCAAGAAGUUCUGCAGCUGAAUGCCAAGAAUGGUAACUCAUUCGACAUUUGUAUUUAGCAUGCAUUAUACUCAUGGCCCAUAUUGAGCCAUGAUAAGUCUCUUCAUUAUUAUGAGUUAAUAAUUAUUAAAUAAUAUAUUUUUAGCCUUAACUCAUGAUAAAUAGACUUAUAUUUGUGUUAAAGUGUGAAAUGUGGUUUUCAAUUGAUUAACAUGAAUUUUUAGGUAAUUAUGUGAUUUUAUACGAAUUUAUAUGAUUUUUACAGUCUUACUUUUGAGAUUAAUGAAGAAAAAGAAAUAAAAAUAAAAAUAUAGCAAAACGGGGGGGACCCACCAGCCAACCGAGCCUACAAGCGGGUCGAAAGUGUAGUCGGGGAGGAGCCACGAGCAGGGGCUCGAGCGGCUAGAACCGAUAGAGGCACGUGCGCGCCACUCCCCUUCCACGUCACCGGUGGCCAGCCGACUAUGGGGUAGAGAGUGGUCGUACACGCAUGAGAAAAGGACUUGCUUGUAAAUAUAAUAUCACUAUAUAUUCACCCAAAACUUCGACACACAAGUAAUAUGGGACUAAACCUGCAUCACACCUUCCUUAGAAAGGGUUCGAUGAUUUUAAUAUUAAACAUACCCCUUAUUUAUAACAAAGAUAUAUUAUGAUAACAUCAUUUGGUAAGAGCAUUAAAGUACUUAUGUCAAUCUCUCUCAUACAGGCGGGCAAUUGGCGCAGGUUUGAAUCCUCCGAGAGCUAAAACUCAUAUUUUUUAUAUGAUUAUUGCGACUUUCUUGCAAAUUGCCGAUGAAAGAUUAAGCCAUUAGAAUCACUAGAUCAUUAGCGAAAAUCUUGUUAACGCGAUUUGUAAAGCAUUGUUACUAAAAUUGUUGAACGAUUCACGAUAAAAGGAUCGUGAAUCCAUCGAGUAAAGCAUCUUCGAUUGAUCGAUGAACAAGCCGUCCUCGAGAAGAGGACGAUCCACUAGGAGACAAGUCGCCACCUCCUGAGAGCAUACUAGAUACGAUGAAGAGCCACCUCCUCUUGCUACGCGGACCUGAGGAUGAAGCUCCUUGACACACACCCCACCUCCAUCCAGCUCCUCUCUGUCGGGUGACAGUCACCGGAGAGCCACAAAGUCAUCAUUUUUCUGCUCCGCUAGGUGACAGCCGCCAGAGAUGAUUUGACAACCCAUUUCAUUGAUCUCUAGACUUCGCAAGAAGAUUUAGAGAUUACCCAUGUCAUCCUUGUCCAAGGAGAGCUUUCAAGGCUAUGGACACUACACCACGGUCCUCUUGAACGCUCAAGAUUCUAGUGCAUCGCUGACGCAUCAUUACCAUGAUGCUGAAACUCUAUUUUCCUACUUUCAACUUAAUUUCUACUUCAUUUUGUGAUAGUUUGUGUGAUUUAAAUUUACCAAGAUAUAUUUUAUUUAAUUAUGAUUCUUCUAACUUUUACAGAUCUUAAUUUGAUCAAUUAAAUUGUUUAUAAUCACUUAGGUAAGAAUCAUUGGGCAGAACUCUAUUUCUGUCCUAUUUGCGUUUAUCGGGCGCUGACGUCAUCUUGACGUCUACACCUUUAUUUCUCUUUUUUUGUGAAUUUUUUUUUUUUUUCAUUUCCUAGUGUAAACUUCAUAGAAAUAGUAUUCUUUGAGAAAAAUUCUGAAUAAUUACUUGAUAUUAUACUACAUCUUUGUGAUCGACUUGGAAAAUUAUCACUAUUUUUAGAAGUUUUAUUGAAUUAUAAUUGAUAUAUUUGUUCAGAAAUACUUUUAAAUAUCCAAAAGUCAUAUUUUCUAGUUUUAUAAAUUUUAAAUUUGCGUGAUUUACUAUACAAUGACUAAGUCACAUCAAGCCAUAAUUUGGAUGUGAUUAGUGACUAUUAAUCUCAUUGGCCUAUUCAUAUGGAAGAGCAGAGUGAUUUUUCCCUUAGCUUAGCCCCCUAGAUUCGUUAAUUUUGAAACAAGAUUUUUGGAUGUGAUCCUUAGUUGGUUGGAGCUAUUAAAUUUGGUGAAGAACACUAUUAAUCGAUUCACCUCUACAAAUUGUGUGUCAAGUCUGCCUUCCAAAUCAUGUAAGCCAAAAAGGAUCUAAUGAAAAUCAGUUCACUCCCCCUCUUAGAAUUGUUCUUCUAUUUAAAAUCCAACAUAUCUUGCAUUAGAAAUAGAGGUUAUGUGAUUAGCAUUUUCAUUUGAGAGCAUAAAAUUGUUGAGGAUAAUUAUUUAAUCUCAUAUUGAAACUUCAAGGAAUAUUUUUAUGUGGUUAUUGACGUGACUCAGUCGUUGUAUAUUAAAUCACGCAAAUCUAAAUAUUAUAAAACUAGAAAAUACGAAUUUUCAGAUAUUUAAAAGUAUUUCUGAAUAAAUAUAUCAAUUAUAACUCAAUAAAACUUCCAAAAAUAACGGUAAUUUUCCAGGUCGAUCACAGGGAUGUAAUAUAAUAUAUGGUAAUUAUUCAGAAUUUUUCUCAAUGAAUACGAUUUUCUAUGAAUUAUAUACUAGGAAAUGAAAAGGAAAUAUAUUUAAAAUUCACGAAAAAGGGAAAUAAGGGUGCGGACGUCAUGAUGACGUUAGCACCCGGCGAACGCAAAUCGGGCGGAAACAGAGUUCCGCCCGGCGAUUCUUACAUAAGCGAUUACAAAUGAUUCAAUUAAUCAAAUUAAGAUCUAUAAAAGCCGAAAGAAUUGUAAUAGAACAAAGUAUAUUUUGGUAAAUUAAAAUCACAAAAACUAUCACUAAAUGAAGUGUAAAGUAAGUUGAAAGUAGGAAAACAGAGUUCCGGCGUCGCGACGGCGAUGCAUCGGUGAUGCAUCGGAAUCUUGAGCGUUCGGGAGGAUCGUCAUGCAGUGUCCACAGCCUCGAAGGCUCUCCUUGGACAAAGAUGACGUGGGUAAUCUCUAGAUCUCCUUUCGAAGUCUAGAGAUCAAUGGAAUGGGUCGUCGAGUCGUCUCCGGCGGCUGUCACCCAGCAGAGCGGAAAAACAACGACUUUGCGGCUCUUCGGCGGUUGUCACCCGACGGAGUGGAGCUAGAUGGAGGUGGGGCGCAUGUCAGGGAGCUUCAUCCUCAGGUCCACGCAGCAAGAGGAGGCUCUUCAUCGCAUCUGGUACGCUCUCAGGAGGUGGCGACUCAUCUCCCGGCGGAUCGUCCUCUUCCCAACAAUGGCUUGUUCGUCGAUCAAUCGGAGAUGAUUUACUCGAUGGAUUCGCGAUCCUUUUAUCGCGAAUCAUUCAGCAAUUUUAGUAGCAAUGCUCGGGGAAUCGCGUUGACGAGAUUUUUGCCGAUGAUUCAGCGAUUCUCGUUACUUAAUCCUUCACCAACGAUCUGCAGGAAAGUCGCGAUAAUCAGAUAAAAAUAUAUGAAUUUUGACUCUGGGAGGAUUCGAACCCGCGCCGGUUGUCCGGCCCUUCUGAGGAAGAUGUGACGUGGGUUUAGUCCCACAUUGGUUGUGCGCCAAUUUUUCAGGCAAAUAUAUAGUAAUGUUAGCUUUCUAAGCAAAGUCCCUUCUCUCGUGUGUAUGACCGCUCCUUGCCCCACAGCUGGCUAGCCACCGGUGACGUUGAAGGGGGGAGUGGCGCACACGAGCCCCUAUCGGUCCAAGCUGCUUGAGCCCCUGCUCGCGGCUACUCUCUGACUGAGCUUCCGACCUGCUUGCGGGCCCGGCUGGCCGGCAGGUCCCUCCCUUAUUUUGUCUUAUUUUUAUUUCUUUUUCUUCAUUUAUCUCAAAAGCAAGACUGUAAAAAUCAUAUAAAUUCAUGUAAAAUCACAAAAUUACCCAAAAAUUCAUAUUAAUCAACUGAAAACCACUUUUCACACUUUAACACAAAUAUAAGUCUAUUUAUCAUGAGUUAAGGCUAAAACUAUAUUAUUUACUAACUAUUAACUCAUGAUAAUGAAGACUUAUCACACCCCCCAACUUAAACCAUUGCUAGUUUCUUAGCAAUGGAAUUACGAAAAUAAAAAUUUACAAAUCUCAAACAUCAUAUUUCAAUACAGAAAGAAAAAAUACAAUUAGAAAUGAUGCACCUUUAGACACUUUGGAUUCUUAUAUUAAGUAUUUAAGAAUGAUGUCAAGCACUUAAAUGUUUAAACACUCCUUGGAAUAACAAUCUAGACUUCACUUCUUCUAUUCACAUCUUUAUCACUUCUUCACUCAUAGAUGUAUUUACAAGAUGUUCUAAUUAUCAAUACUCAUCCAAGAAUAAUAUUGAUCCUACAUUUCCCUUUUUCUAUAGCUUGAUUUUUGAAGUUUGCACUAUAUUUCUUCUUUCUUUAUAUAUAAUGGAUAAGUAGCUUUUCCUGUAGACAAAUUUCGACAAUAAGAAUGAUGUCUCACACCCUCCAUGUGUACUCUUUAUUUUUAGGGCUUUCACUUUAUCCACUUAUUUUGCAGCAAGUGUUUUUUUAUACACGAUUUUCGACAAUGAGAAUGAUGUCUCACACCCUCCAUGUGUACUCUUCGUUUCUAGAUUUUUCACAAUACUCUCUCUUUUUUUUUUCAAAAUAAGUGAUUUCUCCUCACAAGUCCUAUAGAUCAGGGUGCAAAAAUCUCCAUUAAACUCAAAUGAUCAAUCAAAUUUUCACAUCAAGUAAAUACUAUCCAUCAAGAUCAUGAAAUGAAAAUCUGUAAAAUCAAAUCCAUGUUAUCUAUCAUGUAUCCAAGGAGUAUUCCAACAUUUCAUGCUACUAGAUCAUUCUUUUGACUCAAUAAUAAUCUUCCUAGUAUCUUUUGGUAUCAAUCAAUCUAAUUGUUUUAAUUUUUCGUGCAUGCAAUAUGAUGUAAGGAAUUUGUAAAUUAGAUAGUUCUGACAGUUCUGUUUUCUGUUUUCAGUUCUAUUUUUAGGAGCAAUAAAUUUGUCAAAAAUAAAUCAAUUAUCCUCUUUAUAGCUGUAAUUUCGAAUUUCAGUAAUAUAUAUCUAGGGGAUUGAAAUGUGAGAAAAGGGUCUCUAUAAUUUCAAAUUUCAGGUUGUCUUUUCGUCUGCUGUUUUUGACAGUCUAUUGUUCCUAACAGAAAACCAGAAAAUAGAUGUUGCAGUUUUUCCGAAUUUUUAUUUUUUUAUUUUUUUUUAGUUUCUGUUCUAACUUGAAUAAAAUGCAAACACAUGUUCUUAAUCAUCCUACAGCAUAAAUUAAUAAUGAAUACUUCACCCCCCAACUUAAAAAUGACAUUGUCCUCAAUGACACAGAAAAAUCGAAACAGAAUAUGCAGAAAAUAUAAUUUUCAAGUGAAGCAUGCAUAUAUGCAAAGUUUAGCAUUAAAAAUGUUGUCAUAAAUGAUAAAGCUCCGAAAUACAUCACCUCAACCUCGUUUUUAAUCUUCCACUUCAUCUUACACUCCUCCUCCUGCACUUUUUUGGAAAACAAAUACAAAAACAAGUACUGCAAAAUUCUAAGAAAAACAGAGCUUAAAAAAAAUCAAACAGAAUGAAAUAAAAACCAUGGGUUACCUCCCAUGCAGUGCUGAAUUUAAUGUCUCAAGCUGGACAGCUCUUAGAUCAUAUAAGAUGAUCUAUGGCCAUCAAAAUAUAUUUGUAUCCCAAGGUAAGUUUCAUGAUAUUCUUUUUCAGAUUUAGCAUAAAUUCAUAUACUUCAUCUAUAUACCUUGACAUACUUUCAGCCGAAACAAAAUAGAAAUUAACAAAAUUUUCCCAAAAAUAAUAUUUCCAUUUUGAAAAGAAUCUUUCCUUAUUUCUAUCUUGUUUUGUAAGGCUCUCAUUCAUUAAUAAAUACUUUCUAUUAAUAGACCAUAAAAUGUGAUCAGGCCAUAUAAUUUUCAAAUUAGCUCUUACCCAAUCUAAAUUUUUUUCAUCUAAAUUGAUAUCUCUAAUUCUUCCAUUCAUCCAUUUCUUAAUGUCUUCUUUUAUCUGCAUAAUCUUCCCCUGCUCUAUUUUAUCUUCCAUACAUAUUUGUUCAAUUUGUGAGGAGUGAAAUAUUUCAAGCUUAGAAGUAAUUCGAAUGGGCUGUGGGUUUUGAAGGAUGGAAGGAUUGUCUUCUUUAAUCUCAGAUCUAAUGAAUUCAGUAAAAUUCAAAUUUUCUCCUCGAAAAUUAUCUCUAUAUUCAUAUCCAUUAUUUUCGUUUCUCCCCAUUAGUUGAAUAAACUCUUUUUCUAAUUUUUUGUUUCUCAACUCAUCAAAUUCUUCAUCUUCCCAAGAGCUAUCUUUUAAUUUCGGUAUAUGAUAUACAUCAUCCUCCUCACAAUCAACAUCCAUGGCUGCAAAAUUAUGAUUAGAUUCAUUAAUUUCGUCUCCUACGUCUCCCAAAUCAACUGAUUUUUCCUCACCUAAAAUAUGUUUUUCUUCAUUUCUAUCCUUACUCCCUUCUACUAAAAUUUGGAUGAUUUUUCCAUGAUCAACUGCUGUUUCUUCAUCUAAGGGCUCUUUCUCUUCAUCAUCCUCACUAUAUUCAUUCAUCAAUUGUGAGUAAUAAAUGAUUUUAUUCAAAUUUUCUGCUACUAUAUUUUCGGCCUUAAUAUUCUCAUUUACUUCAAAUGGAUCAUCAAUUUCUUCUUCUAAUAAUUGGAAAUAAGGAUCAGGUAAAAUAUUCUCACUCAAUGUAUUCACUGUCCUAACAUUUUCAUUUCGUGGGUUUUUUUCUAAAUUUAUUCAGCUAGACUCUUCUUGCUGAAAUCUUAUUGUUGGAUAAUUUUCUGAAUUUUCUAUGGGCUGACUAGGUCGCUGUCCCUCUUCUCUCUUAUCCCCAAGAGCCUCUAUAAUUUGUUUCUGGUGCAGCAUCAUUUGAUUCAUAGUUUAUUGCAUCAUUUGGCUCAUUUGCUACAUCAUUUCCAUAGCAUCACGUUGGAUUUGAGAGCACUGAUUUUUUUGAAAUUUGUGUUCCUGUUUUGGACAAAAUUAAAAAUUUGAAUUGGAUCUAAGUGCUUCUAGAUUUUGAAUAUUAUUUGGAUUUCUCAACAAAAAAUUAUUCCCCCAAUUAGGAUUAUAAGAAUUAAAAAAACAUUCCCUAUUUUUACUAAAAUCGUGCGGUACUUGCACUUGUUCUUGCCUAAGAUGAUAUUGAAAUUCGAAAUGAUCAUUUUCACCAUACAUAGGACCUAUACUAUUUGAAUUAAAUUGAGGGUUAAGAGGCAUUCUAAUAUUGUCAAUAAGUAAAUCAAGUUUUUCUAAUCUUUGAUUAAUCUGAUUAAGCUCAUUUUUAAAUUUAGAAUCAUCAUCAUGAUGCAAUUCAUAAAUUCCUCUCUUCUUAUCCCUAUCAUAUAAUUCAAAAGAGGCUUGAUCUCUCGAAUUUUCACUUAAAUUCUCAUAAAGACUGUAAAUCUCAUUAGGGGUUUUCUCCAUAAAAGCUCCUCCACAUAUAGAAUCAACCAUAUUUCUAUGUUGUUCUAAUAAUACAUCAUAAAAAAUUCUAUUGAGCUGCCACUUGGGUAUAGCAUGAUGAAGACAUUUUCUAAGUAAAUCUUUGAAUUUUUCUCAUGUCUCAUGCAAAGUUUCUCCUGGUCUUUGAGAAAAACUCCAUAUAUGUUUUCUCAUAUUUUGGGUUUUUCCUAAGGGAUAAAAUUUUCGAAGAAAGACAUGUUCUAUGUCUUUUUAACUAGUUAAUUCUCUAUCUAAUGUGGAUAGCCAGUGGCUAACUUUGUCCCUAAGUGUAUGAGAGAAUAAUUUCAUCUUAAUAAUUUCCAGUGUAACUUGAGGAAGAUUAACUAAAUCACAGACCAUAUGAAAAUUUUCUAAGUGCUGAUGAGGUUCUUCUAAAAGCAAUCCAUGAAAAUUAGGGAGCAUUUGAAAAAUUCUUGGAUUUAUUUCGAAUUUAACAUUAGGUGCUAAUGGGACUCUAAUAUUGGAUGCUCUUUGAAAUGAAUCAAGGAUAUAAUAAUUUUUCAUGGCCAUAGGAUUGUUCUCAAUUUGACCUGUACUUCCUUUAGGAUCUAUCAAAAUUAAUUUUUCUUUCGGAUUUUUAUUUUUGAAUGAAAUAAUGAAAGGAUUUUCUAGCCUUGGAUGCAAGGAUCUUCUACCAUGCAUAAAAAUCAAUAAAUUCGAGGGAAAAAUUUAAUAAUUGUUACCCUCCUUCAGGAUGCUCCAGUCCUUGCCUUGCUUCUUUUCAUUCCCUUUUUCUAAAAAAAAUCGGCAAAAAGAAAAUAAAACAAGAGUUAAUUUUUUUUUGUGUACUAUAAGAGAAAAACAAAAAAAUACUAAAUAUUAUGCAAUACAUCCCCAGCAACGGUACCAAAAGUUGACGUGACUCAGUCGUUGUAUAUUAAAUCACGCAAAUCUAAAAUUUAUAAAACUAGAAAAUACGAAUUUUUGGAUAUUUAGAAGUAUUUCUGAACAAAUAUAUCAAUUAUAACUCAAUAAAACUUCCAAAAAUAGCGGUAAUUUUCCAGGUCGAUCACAGGGAUGUAAUAUAAUAUAUGGUAAUUAUUCAGAAUUGUUCUCAAUGAAUAUGAUUUUCUCUGAAUUGUAUACUAGGAAAUGAAAAAGAAAUAUAUUUAAAAUUCACGAAAAAGAGAAAUAAGGGUGCGGACGUCAAGAUGACGUCAGCGCCCGACAAACGUGAAUCGGGCGGAAACAGAGUUCCGCCUGGUGAUUCUUACGUAAGCGAUUACAGAUAAUUUAAUUAAUCAAAUUAAGAUCUAUGAAAGCCGAGAGAAUCGUAAUAGAACAAAGUAUAUUUUGGUAAAUUAAAAUCAUAGAAAGUAUCACUAAAUGAAGCAUAAAGUAAGUUAAAAACAGGAAAACAGAGUUCCGGUGUCGCGACAGCGAUGCGUCGGCGAUGCACCGAAAUUCUGAGUGUUCAGGAGGAUCAUUGACGUGACUCAGUCGUUGUAUAUUAAAUCACGCAAAUAUAAAAUUUAUAAAAGUAGAAAAUACGAAUUUUUGGAUAUUUAGGAGUAUUUCUAAAUAAAUAUAUCAAUUAUAAUUCAAUAAAAAUUCCAAAAAUAGCGGUAAUUUUCCAGGUCGAUCACAGGGAUGUAAUAUAAUAUCUGGUAAUUAUUCAGAAUUGUUCUCAAUGAAUACGAUUUUCUAUGAAUUUUAUACUAGAAAAUAAAAAGGAAAUAUAUUUAAAAUUCACGAAAAAGGGAAAUAAGGGUGCGGGCAUCAGGAUGACGUCAGCACCCGGCGAACGCGAAUCGGGUGGAAACAGAGUUCCGCCCGGCGAUUCUUACGUAAGCAAUUACAGACGAUUUAAUUAAUCAAAUUAAGAUCUGUAAAAGCCGGAAGAAUCGUAAUAGAACAAAGUAUAUUUUGGUAAAUUAAAAUCACAAAAACUAUCACUAAAUGAAACGUAAAGUAAGUUGAAAGCAGGAAAAUAGAGUUCCGGCGUCGCGACGGCGAUGCGUCGGCGAUGCACCGGAAUCCUGAGCAUUCGGGAGGAUCGUUGUGUAGUGUCCACAGCCUCGAAGGCUCUCCUUGGACAAAGACGAUGUGGGCAAUCUCUAGAUCUUCUCGCGAAGUCUAGAGAUCAAUGAAAUGGGUCGUAGAGUCGUCUCCGGCGGCUGUCACCUGGCAGAGCGGAAAAACGGCGACUUUGCGGCUCUCCGGCGGCUGUCACCCGACGAAGAGGAGCUGGAUGGAGGUGGGGCGCGUGUCAGGGAGCUUCAUCCUCAGGUCCGCGCAGCAAGAGGAGGCUCUUCAUCGCAUCUCGUAUGCUCUCAGGAGGUGGCGACUCGUCUCCUGGCGGAUCGUCCUCUUCCCGACGACGGCUUGUUCGUCGAUCAAUCGGAGAUCAUUUACUCGAUGGAUUCGCGAUCCUUUUAUCGCGAAUCGUUCAGCAAUUUUAGUAGCAAUACUCCGUGAAUCGCGUUGACGGGAUUUUCGCCGAUGAUCCAGCGAUUCUGGUUGCUUAAUCCUUCACUGGCGAUCUGCAAGAAAGUCGCGAUAAUUAGAUAAAAAGAUAUGAAUUUUGACUCUAGGAGGAUUCGAACCCGCGCCGGUCGCCCGCCUGUGAGGAAGGUGUGACGCGGGUUUAGUCCCACAUCGGUUGUGCGCCGAUUUUUCAGGCGAAUAUAUAGUAAUGUUAGCUUCGGAAGCAAAGUCACUUCUCUCGCGUGUACGACCACUCCUUGCCCCACAGCCGUCUGGCCACUGGUGACGUGGAAGGGGAGUGGCGCACAUGUGCCCCUAUCGGUCCAAGCUAAGCCGCUCGAGUCCCUGCUCGCGGCUACUCCCGACUGCGCUUCCGACCCGCUUGCGGGCCCGGCUGGCCGGCGGGUCCCCCCAUUUUGUAAUAUUUUUAUUUUUAUUUCUUGUUCUUCAUUUAUCUCAAAAGUAAGACUGUAAAAAUCAUAUAAAAUCACAUAAUUACCCAAAAAUUCACGUUAAUCAACUGAAAACCACUUUUCACACUUUAACACAAAUAUAAGUCUAUUUAUCAUGAGUUAAGGCUAAAACUAUAUUAUUUACUAAUUAUUAACUCAUGAUAAUGAAGACUUAUCACACCCCCCAACUUAAAUCAUUGCUAGUCCCUUAGCAAUGGAAUUACGAAAAUAAAAAUUUACAAAUUUCAAACAUCAUAUUUCAAUACAAAAAAAAUAAAAAUACAAUUAGAAAUGAUGCACCUUUAGACACUUUGGACUCUUAUAUCAAGUCUUUAAGAAUAAUGUCAAGCACUUAAAUGUUUAAACACUCCUUGGAAUAACAAUCUAGACUUCACUUCUUCUAUUCACAUCUUUAUCACUUCUUCACUCAUAGAUGUAUUUACAAGAUGUUCCAAUUAUCAAUACUCAUCCAAGAAUAAUAUUGAUCCUACAUUUCCCUUUUUCUAUGGCUUGAUUUUUGAAGUUUGCACUAUAUUUCUUCUUUCUCUUUUUUUUUUUAUAUAUAUAUAGUGGAUAAGUAGCUUUUCCUGUAGACAAAUUUCGACAAUAAGAAUGAUGUCUCACACCCUCCAUGUGUACUCUUCAUUUUCAGGGCUUUCACUUUAUCCACUUAUUUUGCAGCAAGUGUUUUUCUAUACACAAUUUUCGACAAUGAGAAUGAUGUCUCACACCCUCUAUGUGUACUCUUCGUUUCUAGAUUUUUCACAUUGCUCUCUCUCUUUUUUUUUCGAAAUAAGUGAUUUCUCCUCACAAGUCCUAUAGAUCAGGGUGCAAAAAUCUCCAUUAAACUCAAAUAAUCAAUCAAAUUUUCACAUCAAGUAAAUAUUAUCCAUCAAGAUCAUGAAGUGAAAAUCUGUAAAAUCAAAUCCAUGUUAUCUAUCAUGUAUCCAAGGAGUAUUCCAACAUUUCAUGCUACUAGAUCAUUCUUUUGACUCAAUAAUAAUCUUCCUAGUAUCUUUUGGUAUCAAUCAAUCUAAUUGAUUUAAUUUUUCAUGCAUGCAAUAUCAUGUAAAAGAUUUGUAAAUUAGAUAGUUCUGACAGUUCUGUUUUCUAUUUUCAGUUCUAUUUUUAGCAGCAAUAAAUUUGUCAAAAAUAAAUCAAAAUUAUCCUCUGUAUAGCUGUAAUUUCGAAUUUCAGUAAUAUAUAUCUAGGGGAUUGAAAUGUGAGAAAAGGGUCUUCUAGAAUUUCAAAUUUCGGGCUGUUUUUUGUCUGCUGUUUUUGACAGUCUGUUGUUUCUGACAGAAAACCAGAAAAUAGAUGUUGCAAUUUUUCCGAAUUCAGCGAUCUUUUCUUUUUUUUUUUUAGUUGUUGUUCUAAGUUGAAUAAAAUGCAAACACAUGUUCUUAAUCGUCCUACAGCAUAAAUUAAUAAUGAAUACUUCACCCCCCAACUUAAAAAUGACAUUGUCCUCAAUGACAUAGAAAAAUCGAAACAGAAUAUGUAGAAAAUAUAAUUUUCAAGUGAAGCAUGCAUAUAUGCAAAGUUUAGCAUUAAAAAUGUUGUCAUAAAUGAUAAAGCUCCGAAAGACAUCACCUCAACCUCGUUUUUAAUUUUCACUUCGUCUUACACGCCUCCUCCUGCACUUUUUCGAAAAAACAAAUACAGAAACAAGUACUGCGAAAUUCUAAGAAAAAGAGAACUAAAAAAAAAAAAUUUAAACAAAAUGAAAUAAAAACCAUGGGUUGCCUCCCAUGCAGCGCUGAAUUUAAUCUCUUCAGCUGGACAGCUCUUAGAUCAUAUAAGAUGAUCUAUGGCCAUCAAAAUAUAUUUGUAUCCCAAGGUAAGUUUCAUGAUAUUCUUUUUCAGAUUUAGCAUAAAUUCAUAUACUUCAUCUAUAUACCUUGACAUACUUUCAGCCAAAACAAGAUGGAAAUUAACAAAAUUUUCCCAAAAAUAAUAUUUCCAUUUUGAAAAGAAUCUUUCAUCAUUUCUAUCUUGUUUUGUAAGGCUCUCAUUCAUUAAUAAAUACUUCCUAUUAAUAGACCAUAAAAUGUGAUCAGGCCAUAUAAUUUUCGAAUUAGCUCUUACCCAAUCUAAAUUUUUUUCAUCUAAAUUGAUAUCUCUAAUUCUUCCACUCACCCAUUUCUUAAUGUCUUCUUUUAUUUGCAUAAUCUUCCCCUGCUCUAUUUUAUCUUCCAUACAUAUUUGUUCAAUUUGUGAGGAGUGAAAUAUUUAAAGCUUAGAAGUAAUUCGAAUGGGCUGUGGGUUUUGAAGGAUGGAAGGAUUGUCUUCUUUAAUCUCAGAUCUAAUGAAUUCAGUAAAAUUCAAAUUUUCUCCUCCAAAAUUAUCUCUAUAUUCAUAUUCAUUAUUUUUGUUUCUCCCCAUUAGUUGAAUCAACUCUUUUUCUAGCUUUUCGUUUCUCAACUCAUCAAAUUCUUCAUCUUCCCAAUAGCUAUCUUUUAAUUUCGAUAUAUGAUAUACAUCAUCCUCCUCACUAUCAACAUCCAUGGCUGCAAAAUUAUGAUUAGAUUUAUUAAUUUUGUCUCCUAUAUCAACUGAUUUUUCCUCACCUGAAAUAUGUUUUUCUUCAUUUCUGUCCAUACUCCCUUCUACUAAAAUUGGAUGAUUUUUCCAUGAUCAGCUGCUGUUUAUUCAUCUAAGGGCUCUUUCUCCUCAUCAUCCUCACUAUAUUCAUUCAUCAAUUGUGAGCAAUAAAUUAUUUUAUUCAAAUUUUCUGCUACUAUAUUUUCGGCAUUAAUAUUCUCAUUUACUUCUAAUGGCUCAUCGAUUUCUUCUAAUAAUUGGAAAUAAGGAUCAGGUAAAAUAUUCUCACUCAAUGUAUUCACUGACCUAACAUUUUCAUUUCAUGGGUUUUUUUCUAAAUUUAUCCAGCUAGACUCUCCUUGCUGAAAUCUUACUAUUCUUGAAUUUUCUAUGGGCGGACUAGGUGGCUAUCCCUCUUCUCUCUUAUUCCCAAGAGUCUCUAUAAUUUGUUUCUGGUGCAGCAUCAUUUGGUUCAUAGUUUGUUGCAUCAUUUGGCUCAUUUGCUGCAUCAUUUCUAUAGUAUCAUGUUGGGUUUGAGAGGGCUGAUUUUUUUGAAAUCUGUUUUCUUAUUUUGGACGAAAUUCAGAGUUUGAAUUGGAUCUAAGUGCUUCUGGAUUUUGAAUAUUAUUUGGGUUUCUCCACGAAAAAUUAUUCCCCCAAUUAGGAUUAUAAGAAUUAGAAAAAUAUUCCCUAUUUUUACUAAAAUCGUGGGGUACUGCACUUGUUCUUGCCUAGGAUGAUAUUGAAAUUCGAAAUGAUCAUUUUCACCAUACAUAGGAUAUGUACUAUUUGAAUUAAAUUGAGGGUUAAGAGGCUUUCUAAUAUUGUCAAUAAGAAAAUCAAGUUUUUCUAAUCUUUGAUUAAUCUUAUUAACCUCAUUUCUAAAUUUAGAUUCAUUAUCAUGAUGCAAUUCAUGAAUUCCUCUCUUCUUAUCCCUGUCAUAUAAUUCAAAAGAGGCUUGAUCUCUAGAAUUUUCACUUAAAUUCUCAUAAAGAUUGUAAAUCUCAUCAGGGGUUUUCUCCAUAAAAGCUCCUCCACAUAUAGAAUCAACCAUAUUUCUAUGUUGUUCUAAUAAUCCAUCAUAAAAAAUUCUAUUGAGCUGCCACUUGGGUAUAACAUGCUGAGGACAUUUUCUAAGUAAAUCUUUGAAUGUUUCCCAUGUCUCAUGUAAAGUUUCUCCUGGUCUUUGAGAAAAAUUCUAUAUAUGUUUUCUCAUAUUUUGAGUUUUUCCUAAGAGAUAAAAUUUUCGAAGAAAUGCCUAUUCUAUGUCUUUCCAGCUAGUUAAUUCUCUAUCUAAUGUGGAUAGCCAAUGGCUAGCUUUGUCCCUAAGUGUAUGAGGGAACAAUUUCAUCUUAAUAAUUUCCGGUGUAACUUGAGGGAGAUUAACUAAAUCACAGACUAUAUGAAAUUUUUCUAAGUGCUGAUGAGGUUCUUCUAAAGGCAAUCCAUGAAAAUUAGGGAGCAUUUGAAAAAUUCCUGGAUUUAUUUCGAAUUUAACAUUGGGUGCUAAUGGGACUCUAAUAUUGGAUGCUCUUUGAAAUGAAUCAGGGAUAUAAUAAUUUUUCAUGGCCAUAAGAUUUUUCUCAGUUUGACUUGUACUUUCUUCAAGAUCUAUCAAAAUUAAUUUUUCUUUCGGAUUUUUAGUUUUGAAUGAAAUAAUGAAAGGAUUUUCUAGCCUUGGAUGCAAGGAUCUUCUACCAUGCAUAAAAUCAAUAAAUUCGAGGGAAAAAUUUAGUAAUUGUUACCCUCCUUCAGGAUGCUCCAGUCCUUGCCUUGCUUCUUUUCGUUCCCUAAAAAAAAAUCGGCAAAAAGAAAAUAAAACAAGAGUUAAAUUUUUUUUGUGUACUCUAAGAGAAAAAUAGAAAAAUACUAAAUAUUAUGCAAUACAUCCCCGGCAACGGCGCCAAAAUUUGACGUGACUCAGUCGUUGUAUAUUAAAUCACGCAAAUAUAAAAUUUAUAAAACUAGAAAAUACGAAUUUUCAGAUAUUUAGGAGUAUUUCUGAAUAAAUAUAUCAAUUAUAAUUCAAUAAAAAUCCAAAAAUAGCGGUAAUUUUCCAGGUCGAUCCAGGGAUGUAAUAUAAUAUCUGGUAAUUAUUCAGAAUUGUUCUCAAUGAAUACAAUUUUCUAUGAAUUUUAUACUAGAAAAUAAAAAGGAAAUAUAUUUAAAAUUCACGAAAAAGGGAAAUAAGGGUGCGGGCGUCAGGAUGACGUCAGCAUCCGGCGAACGCGAAUCGGGUGGAAAUAGAGUUCCGCCCGGUGAUUCUUACGUAAGCGAUUACAGACGAUUUAAUUAAUCAAAUUAAGAUCUAUAAAAGCCGGAAGAAUCGUAAUAGAACAAAGUAUAUUUUGGUAAAUUAAAAUCACAAAAACUAUCACUAAAUGAAGCGUAAAGUAAGUUGAAAGUAGGAAAAUAAAGUUCCGGCGUCGCGACGGCGAUGCGUCGGCGAUGCACCAGAAUCCUGAGCGUUCGGGAGGAUCGUUGUGCAGUGUCCACGGCCUCGAAGGCUCUCCUUGGACAAAGACGACGUGGGCAAUCUCUAGAUCUUCUCGCGAAGUCUAGAGAUCAAUGAAAUAGGUCACUGAGUCGUCUCCGGCGGCUGUCACCCGGCGGAGCGGAAAAACGGCGACUUUGCGGCUCUCCGGUGGCUGUCAGCCAACGAAGAGGAGCUGGAUGGAGGUGGGGCGCGUGUCAAGGAGCUUCAUCCUCAGGUCCGCACAGCAAGAGGAGGCUCUUCAUCGCAUCUGGUACGCUCUCAGGAGGUGGCGACUCGUCUCCCGGCAGAUCGUCCUCUUCCCGACGACGGCUUAUUCGUCGAUCAAUCGGAGAUCAUUUACUCGAUGGAUUCGCGAUCCUUUUAUCGCGAAUCGUUCAGCAAUUUUAGUAGCAAUGCUCCGUGAAUCGCGUUGACAGGAUUUUCGCCGAUGAUCCAGUGAUUCUGGUUGCUUAAUCCUUCACCGGCGAUCUGCAAGAAAGUCGCGAUAAUCAAAUAAAAAGAUAUAAAUUUUGACUCUGGGAGGAUUCGAACCCGCGCCGGUCGCCCGCCUGUGAGGAAGGUGUGACGCGGGUUUAGUCCCACAUCGGUUGUGCGCCGAUUUUUCAGGCGAAUAUAUAGUAAUGUUAGCUUCGGAAGCAAAGUCACUUCUCUCGCGUGUACGACCACUCCUUGCCCCACAGCCGGCUGGCCACCAGUGACGUGGAAGGGGAGUGGUGCACAUGUGCCCCUAUUGGUCCAAGCUAAGCCGCUCGAGUCCCUGCUCGCGGCUACUCCCGACUGCGCUUCCGACCCGCUUGCGGGCCCGGCUGGCCGGCGGGUCCCCCCAUUUUGCAAUAUUUUUAUUUUUAUUUCUUGUUCUUCAUUUAUCUCAAAAGUAAGACUGUAAAAAUCGUAUAAAAUCACAUAAUUACCCAAAAAUUCACGUUAAUCAACUGAAAACCACUUUUCACACUUUAACACAAAUAUAAGUCUAUUUAUCAUGAGUUAAGGCUAAAACUAUAUUAUUUACUAAUUAUUAACUCAUGAUAAUGAAGACUUAUCAAUCAUCGUGUAGUGUCUACGGCCUCGAAGGCUCUCCUUGGACAAGGACGACGUGGGCAAUCUCUAGAUCUUCUCGCGAAGUCUAGAGAUUAAUGAAAUUGGUCGUCGAAUUGUCUCUGGCGGCUGUCACCCGGCGGAGCGGAAAAACGGCGACUUUGCAGCUCUCUGGCGGCUGUCACCCGAUGGAGAGGAGCUGGAUGGAGGUGGGGCGCAUGUUAGGGAGCUUCAUCCUCAGGUCCACGCAGCAAGAGGAGGCUCUUCAUUGCAUCUGGUACGCUCUCAGGAGGUGACGACUCGUCUCCCGACGGAUCGUCCUCUUCCCGACGACGGCUUGUUCGUCGAUCAAUCAGAGAUGAUUUACUCGAUGGAUUCGCGAUCCUUUUAUCGCGAAUCAUUCAGCAAUUUUAGUAGCAAUGCUUUGGAAAUCACGUUGAUGAGAUUUUUGCCGAUGAUCCAACGAUUCUCGUUGCUUAAUCCUUCACUAGCGAUCUGCAGGAAAGUCGCAAUAAUCAGAUAAAAAUAUAUGAAUUUUGACUCUGGGAGGAUUCAAACCCGUGCUGGUUGUCCGGCCCUUCUGAGGAAGGUGUGACGCAGGUUUAGUCCCACAUCGGUUGUGCGCCGAUUUUUCGGGCGAAUAUAUAGUAAUGUUAGCUUUCUAAGCAAAGUUCCUUCUCUCGCGUGUACGACCACUCCUUGCCCCACAGCCGGCUGGCCACUAGUGACGUGGAAGGGGAGUGGCGCACACGUGCCCCCAUCGGUCCAAGCUGCUCAAGCCCUUGCUCGCGGCUACUCCCUGAUUGAGCUUCCGACUUGCUUGCGGGCCCAGCUGGCCAACGGGUCCCCCAUUUUGCAAUAUUUUUAUUUUUAUUUCUUGUUCUUUAUUUAGCUCAAAAGUAAGACUGUAAAAAUCGUAUAAAAUCACAUAAUUACCAAAAAAUUCACGUUAAUCAACUGAAAAUCACUUUUCACACUUUAACAGAAAUAUAAGUCUAUUUAUCAUGAGUUAAGACUAAAACUAUAUUAUUUACUAAUUAUUAACUCAUGAUAAUGAAGACUUAUCAGUUAUCUUACUCAUAUCUUCGUCUCAAAAAAUUUCAUUAUAAGGUUUUAUCAAAGUUCAUAGUGUACUUCAACUAAUAUAAUUUUAAUUAGGGGACAGCACAUUGUAAAGUUUAUAGGGAAGAGGGCUCAUGGGAAAUAAUUCAUAUGCAAGAUAUUGUAUGUUUAUGAAUGUGUAUCAUUUGAGGUGGUCUAUGAAAUUGUAAAAAAAUUCUACCUCUAAUCAUAAUGGUAUGGGAGAUAGCUAUUUAAAUUUCUUCUCCAAAUGAUUAAAAUAUUUCUAGUUUCCUGUAGCAAUUUCUCUAAAUCCAUUGUGAGAUUGUUAAUAUGGACUAAAAUGGAACUUUAAUAACUUUAAGUUCCACUAGUGUUGAGGCCAUUUCAUUUGUACGAAUAGACUGAAGCCCAGAUGCAAUUUAUGUAACCUAGGGGUAUACAUUGAAUUUACUUUUAUUUCUCAACAAUUGAACUAGAUUCCAUGUAUCUGUUUCGGGGAUAUAUGGAAAUUAUAAUUCGUAGUUUUCGCAAAUUAUCUUUCAUUAAUGUCCAAUCUAAAAUUUACAAAUCUUCUGCAUAGCAUCAAAUAUGACUAAAUAGAUUCCAAGACCAAGAAAACAACAAAGAUGACAUUAUUUAGACACUUGCUACUAAGUGAACGAGUUUGAAGUCCAAAGUAGCCUACAAAACACCCUAAAACUCUUAGAGGAUUAUGAGUAGCCUCGAAUAACACAUUCCUUGACAUUUUCCCACUACUUCAAGCAUUUCAUGUUUUGUAAAAUAAAACUAAAGUCAAAUAAUGAAGUAGCUACAGUUCCUCUAUGAAUCUCACUCUUUUAUAGAUGGCGUUAAAUUAUUUGUAACUAGGUUGUAUAUUAAAAAGGCAUGGCUCAUUUACUUCUAAAAUAGGUUAGGGAUUAUCUAGUAUGUUAGGCUUUUUGAAAUUUCCAUCAUCUUAAAACUUGCUUCAUUCAUAUACCUAUGUUAAACGUCCAGGAAACUAAUAUAAAAUGCUUUCAAAUGAAUGAAUGCUUAGAGAUGACUUUCAAACUUAGUGUAGGAACUGAAUAAGGGCUAUUCUGUAUGGAAGCCGAAAAGAUUCCUAUGAAAGCACUGAAAAUAGGAUACCUGAGUAGACAAGGGCUUCCAUCCUGACGGGCCUUUUAAUUACUUGAUAAAGGAUACAUAUAGAUCGCAAUUUAAUCGAUCUGGGCAUAGCAGGUAUGUCAGACUGACGUGAGAGAGUGCUGAAAUGGAUCGGAGCUGUUCUCUGCGCAAGGUGGCCAGAGGAUCCCCCGUCAUGUCGGAACUUUUAUUGAUAAGUUCAAACACGCAUUGUAGGGGAUAAUUAAUUCAUCAGCAGGUAACAACUACCCGCAUAAAUGCACCUAAUAAGCUACCAAUCUACAUAAUUGUCCAAUAAAUAAAUAUUCUUUUAACUUGUUGUAAUAUUAAAAAUGGCAGGGUCUGACAGUGACCUGCCAGCCUUAGUGUUUUCUUAACGAACUCUCAGCGGGGUCCCAACCGCAGAGCCGUGUGACGAUGUGUCGAUCGUGGACGAGGAAUCCGCAUCGGAUGAUCGAUGGUUCACGAAGUCGAUGACGGAGGGGAUGGGCGACCCGUUCGGGGCCCAUUCCUCCCGUCGGCUAUCUGCACACAGAACUACCGAACGAGUCUUUAAGAUAUCCUCUACAAACUCCGGUCUGUUACUCUGUCCGUCUCUCUCUACCUACCUCUUAAUUUCUCUCUCUCUCUCCCUCUUCUCGUGUUACGCUGUGGCUCCUGUCGCACGUGUGAACUACCGAGUACCUUCUAUGCUAAACCUCCUGCAUAUCAGCCGGUACGUGAAUAUACAUGCACGUUCUAAGUCCGUCCUAAAUAGCUGCAUCCCUCACUCUGUCACCUGAUCCUUACACCGCACCGCCUGUGAAGUGAAGCUGGGCGACCACAUGGCGCAAGGCUGUUUCUUACUCUGUCCGCUUAUCUGUUUUCACUCUCUCCCCAAAAGAUUUACAGUGUCAAUCCAGAACCACCUUCUCCCUCUCUCCUGGUCCCAAGUCGGAAAGACAUCAGGCCAUCAGCUCCAUGAAGCGUGGCCCCUAACGAGUCCCCCCAUCCUUGCUGAUUAUGAAAGGUGCCGUCUAAGCCAGAGGACUAGCAACAGGGGCCAGUUGCUCCCACCGGACAGAAUCUUGGCUAGCGUUGUGUGCCCCCGUACAUUUCUAAUUUAAUGUGGCAGGCUCCUCUUUCUCCUCUCUCCCCUUCCCUCCCUGCCUCUCUCUCUGUGUAGGAGUGGCCAGAGUAACGUGGGCUGUUAGUCUCGGCGGCUGUGAUCUGCAUGUUAUUCCGAACCCAUCAGUUGCAGAGGUCGGGGGUAGGUCUAUCGAUGGGUGAAAACUCGGGACGAAUGCAAUCCAAGGGUGUUUUCGUAAUAAGAAAGUAGGAAAUCGGCGGCAUCGAGGCGACAAAAAGCGAAAUCAGGAGGCGUCGGCUUCUGCCACCGCUAUGGUUUCUCUGCAGAACCCCAUCAGGGUUCGUCCCCUCCCUUCUCAUUUUAGCUUUUUCGUUCCUUGGCUUUUCUUUCGCCGUUUAAAAUAUUCUGGAUCCGCAGAAAGGAAGCCCAGCGAGAGAGAGAGAGGAAUAGGAUUCAUGUUUGUACUGUGGCCGCAAUCCUCUGACUGUAGAAUAAUACAGUAAACAGUAAUCCACUAAUCGCGAGAAACCUACCCAACCCAAUCACGUAAGUCUUUCCAGAAUGGAGAAGAAACAGUGUAAGGGGGUUGAACACCAGACCGAAUAGAUAGAUAUCAUAUACAGCCUAACAGAGUACAAGCGAACAACACAGGCUUCCAGACCUUGUACAUGUAAAGAGAAAGAAAAUGAAGAAAAGCCAGGGAAACCAUAGGAACAUGUCAUCUCAAUGUUAGAAAACAUUGAAGCAGGAAGAGAACUCUCUCUCUCCCUCUCCCCCCCCGCCCCCUCUCUCUCACUCUUUAUAUAUAUACCGAUGAGUUAAUGUGACGAAAGGUGAGAUCAUCUUCCUUGCAAUCAGAUCUCCUUAAAUCCUCAUUGUGACAGAUUAUAAGCCCUUUAUCCGUCCGUCAGCUCCUCAUCCACCGUUGAUGUUGCUGUUACUUUGGCAGUUCUCUUCUGUCAUCUUGCCGAGGAUCAAGGAAUGUACGUCCUCCUUUCCCAAUCCAUGGGUCAUUAUUUUUUACGAAAAAUGGAAAAAAUAUCUAUGGAUUGAGAAGGGGGAUGCGGUGACUUCUAUAUUGAGUGAAGUUACGAUCUCAAAGGACUUCUAUAAGUGGUGAACAAGAUGAACAAGACGAAGAACAAGGAUAUAGAUGAGGAAAAGGAAGAAAAAUAUGAAUGAUGGGAAAGAAGAAUAUCUAGAAGCGGAGAAGGAUGGUAAUGAUGAACAAAUAUGUGUACGGAACUGAGGGAUGUUUAGUUGGAUCUAUGGACUGAGGCACCAACUACAAGGUCUCUUUCUUCUGAAAUUACGGCACGCUUGCCAGGAAGAGGAUGCUCAGGAUAGACCAGCGAAGAGGGGAGGCAGAAGAGACUACCCUUACUGAACCAUUGCCAUGAAGGAGCCGGCCGCGGCGGCUGCUGCUGCAGCGGCAGCCGCUGAUUGGUUCUCACCACCGCUGGAGGUGCCGUUGACAACGGGCCUCUGCUGGUACUGGAUCUUGUAAGCCAUCUUGCCCUUCUCGUCGUCCUCAUCAUCGUCAUCGUCCGCCUGCUCCACCCCAUCGCUGUCGGUCUCUUCCAGCUUGUCGGAAUCCUCCUCCGGUUCUCUCUGCGCCUGCUGGUCCAUCAGGUUCUUCAUAAUGUCUUCUGGCUUCAUAUGUGGGCACAGUAAUCAAUUAGAUCAACCGUUCCCCGAAGCGGGUCAACCGGAGGAAAAGAAUUGCAGUUCAAAUGACGGAAAAAAUUGUGUUUUAGAGCACAAAAUACCUUCUUCGCCGGUUCGUCGGCGCUGGUCCCUUCGUCAACAAAGCCAGAACGGCCGCUACCACUGAGGGAUGAAGAUCCGUUUCCCUCAGCUUCUCUACCAUUGUUCCUCUUGAGAUCCGAUUCCAUGUGGGAUCGCUGAGGGACUGGCUGAGAAGUGGGGAAAGACACCUCGUGCUGCUCUAUCUCAGCUCUGUGAAGAUCGCUCGAGCUGCUGCCGGCUCCGACGUUCUUCUUGCGGUAGAGGGCGUCCAGGUGGUGGAAGUACGGGCAAGUCUUAGCAUCCUCGGGACGCUUCUUCUUGCUGUCCUUUACCUUCUUGAAGUAUUUGUUGAUAUUCUCCCACUUCUCCUUGCACCGCUUGGCGCUCCUGUUGUACCCCAUCCGCCGCAUUCCCGCAGCGAUCUCCUCCCACAGAGGAGCCUUGGGCCCCGCUUCCUGGUACCUAGUUUCCAUUCCACUCCGCAGACUUAUGAGCGCGUGCACCUCCGACUUGGGCCACCUUGACGACGCCGGGUCUAUCACCUCUUGUGUCUCCUGCUGUAGCGCCACAUCCAAGGGCGGAGCUUGUGCACGGCCUAAUAAUUCGGAUGCCUGUUGAUGGACGGUCUGUAGUGGAGGGUGCGGCCUCUUAGCUGAUGACGAGGUUGGCACUGUUGCCACCAUAUUCACCGCUUGUUGCUGUGGCGCAGCAGGCGGAGCAACGGCCGUGGAAAUGGCCGGCGGCAAAGGUAUGGUGUGUCCCGUCAUCUUUUGCAGGAAGGCCAAUAUGGUGGCAUCCCUAGUUGCAGACAUGGUGCGCUCCUGAGUCAUCGCCUCGUGCUCGCGGGUUAGACGCGCCAUCUCCUGCCGCCGCCAUGCCUCCUCUCUGAUCAUCCUGUCUUGCUCGCGCUUCUCGAUCAUCUCCAGGAACUUCUCCUGCAACGCCUCUUGCCUCUCCAUCACCUGCCUCGUCAAGCCCUCGAAGAAAACCAUCAUCUUCCUCUUUCCCCUGCUACCACCGCCGCCGCCCUUGCGCUUGCGUUUCGCCUGUUCCCCGGGGAGACCCUCCUCCGUGUCUUGUCCGUCCGAGUCAGAAGCCGAGGAGUUAUCCGAGGAGAAGUCGGCAAGGGCCCCCACGCGGUCCGGGAUCAGGUAAGGUGACCCUCCGACGUGCGGAGGAAUGGCGUUCAAGGGAGACGGCUGCAGCCUAGCUGAGGAGUUGCCCAUGUCAACCGACGGUGGCAGAGGGUCAGGGGCACCGCCUCCCGCAGUGACGGCGGGUGUUUUCGUGCUGCCGUAGAGGGCUUCCAACUGCCUGAAGAAGCGGUAGCUCUUGCCAUCCUGGCGGCCAGCGCGGCCGUCCUUUGUGCGCUUGUAAUACUUCUGGACGUUCUCGAAUUUCUCCUUGCACUUCUUGGCGCUCCUCUUGUAUCCCAGUUGGGUCAAUUUCCUACACAGAAACAAGAGAACUUUCAUGACUUGCUGUCUUCAACUGUCAUCGAACGAGAGAUCGUUGAUGAAUCUGUGCCGAUAAUUAAUACUGUUCCUACGAAAACAGCCGUGGGGGAGGGCGGAUGACGCAGAAAUCAGAGGGAAUGAGGGACAAUAGUUGCAAAUUAUCCGGAUUCGGAGAAUGCAUGAGUUUCUGGGAAGAUGCGGCUAUUCGGUUCUUCAUUUUUCUUCAAAUGAAUUGCUACAUGGGUUGCCGAAUGGGGGAAUGGAAAAUAUUGGAGAAUUCGUUUGGCCUGGAGUCAUCCAAAGGAUCUCGGCGAUUCCCACCUAAUUGUAGUUAGCAGAAAUUCUCUAGGAUUGAAAAAUAAAGGACAAAAGAUGUUGGAGAAGGAUAGAGCUAAACUGGAAAUAGGUCCAUAGAUAUUUUUGUCAGACACAGAGAGCGAGAGAGAGAGAGAGAAAGAGAGAGAGAGAGAGAGAGAGAGGAGGGAGAGAGAGAGAGGGAGAGAGAGAGAGAGAGAGAGAGAGAGAGAGAGAGAGAGAGAGAGAGAGAGAGAGAGAGAGGGGGAGAGAGAGAGAGAGGAGAGAGAGAGAGAGAGAGAGAGAGAGAGAGAGAGAGAGAGGGAGAGAGAGAGAGAGAGAGAGAGAGGAGAGAGAGAGAGAGAGAGAGAGAGGGAGGGAGAGAGAGAGAGGGAGAGAGAGAGAGAGAGAGAGAGAAGGAGGGAGAGAGAGAGAGAGAGAGGGAGAGAGAGAGAGAGAUCUGGCUGUAUCGACGGCGGCGGAGGUCUAUCUUCCCGAGAGAGAGGUCACCAGAAAACCACGACAAUGGGAAGCAGCCACAAUGGCAUAUACAGAAGCACAAUCACCCUCCAUAGUCUCUGGAAAUAGACGCUAAUCUUUCUGCACUCAUCUGCGCCACAAUCUCAUCUCAUCCGUACUCUUUUCCUUGCGAUUGUUCUUUCCUUCUUUCGUCCACUAUUCCCUCUCUUCGCCGUCUCCUUUUUGGGCUGAAAUCCAGGAAGAUCCUUGUCUGAACACAGGCAGCUCACUCCCACACAGAAGGUACAUUUCCUUUCUUCCUCUGUAAGCCCCCACAGCACAACAGGCCGCUUAUCGCAAAGACUUACAGAAGUGGGUGAUCUCAGAAUGAGCGAAGAAGGAAGAGAGAGUGUGGGAGCAUUCUCAGAGGGUAGAAAGGAAGAGAAGAAGGAAAGCAGAAGAGGACGGGCACGACUGGAAUCCGCCACCGAAUUGCCAUCUGAGUCUGAAUUAGGGUAGCCGGAGGCCAUUCAUAGAGUGGUUUUUUACCUGGAGACCUCCUCCCAGAGAGGGCCUUUGAGCGUGGCAUCCCGGAAGGCACCAUCCAUCUCGGAGCGGAUCCUGAGAAGCGCCAGCGUCUCCUCCUGUGGCCAUCGGUUCCCUGGAACACCUCCCCUCUCCGUCUCCUCCCCCACAGCGGCCAUCGUCCCCUCAUCGGAGAAACCCUCCGGCGCCACCGGAGCAAGCUCGUCGAAAUUGCCCGUGCGAAGCGGCUGUCGGCUGGUGAUGGGGGAGGGCGCCUCAGCCAGCAUCGGCGACGGCGGCAGAGGCGGCUGCUGCUGACCGGCCUCCGCCUUCUGCUGUUGGUGCGGCUGCUGCGGAAUUCCAAGCACGUGAGCUCUGCUUCCCGUUCCGGCGGCCACGAAGGGGCUCAUUUCCAGGGGAACCCCAUACUGGGACCCUCCGUCCUGCAUAACUGCGAACUCCUCGUCCCCGUUCCUCUCUUCCUUUCUACUGCGGUCACUGCACCUUUAUCUCCCAGGCUAUAUUGUGUAUGUUUCUAGUCGGCAAGGGUGGUGACGGCUGCAGCGGCGCCAAAUCUCGUAUUCCUCUUCCUCCCUCCCCGAUCGGUAAGGAGAAGGACGGAGAGGGAGAAGGAGGUUGUCGAGUAUUGGUGCAAUUCGAGCCCAGGAAGGGAAUUUAAGAUGAAAAGGGUCUCGAAAUGACCCCCCGAAGGGGCGAGGAGACGGGAUGUGGAGAGGGACAGCGGGAAGGAGAAUGGUGAAGUUGGGAGAAGAAGGAAGAGGAAAUAAGAUGGGAAUUCGCAGGGAUUAAAAGGAUGCAUGAUUCAGCGCUGACAUACUGAAUCAAAAUCAUGCAAAUACACGCACCGGCGCACAUAUAUAAUUAAAUGUAAGGAAAGAAGAAGAGGAUGGAGGGAAGGAGGAAGAAAGGAUACGAAGACGGCGGGAGCUGGAAGGGAAGAGAGAGAGAGAGAGAGAGAGUACAGAAUAUGAGUGAUGGUGAUGAGGUGGGAGUGCUAGUAAUGGGGAGGGUGAAGAAAACGAGAUGCUGCGUUGUCGGGCGCUUACUUUGCUUGGUUGCCUAAUAAGAGUUGGGUUCUAAGACCUCCACCUCGACAUAGAGAGAGAGAGAGAGAGAGAGAGAGAGAGAGAGAGUAUGAGUUAUGACACUAGAAAAAUGCCGAAGUGAAAAAGAGGUAUGAAUGCACAGUUAUGCCUUUGGGGGGAUGGGGGGGGGGGAGGAGAGAGAGAGCUUCUCCCUAACAGUGCCGUGCAGCGCACAGCACAGCCUCACAUGGCUUCACCUGGGUUGCCGUGGGAGAUCGGAAUAUAUCCGCCGAUCAUGUAACAAAAUCUCUUUAACCUCUCCGGCCGGGCCCGCUGAGCAGGAAGGGCCGCCGCCCUCCCCGAAGCUUGCGGGUUGGCAGUUAAAAUAACGGCGGCGGUGGUAAAACUAGGCGUCAGCCAGAACGGAGGAUCUCGAAACCCACCUUUACAGACUCGGAAACUGUGGAUAAAAUAACGACGCCCGAUUAAUUGGUAAUAAAAUAAUACCGGUAAUAAAGAAAGUGGGCGGCGACACAUCGGAACAGCUGUAUCGGGCCCCACCGGGCGAGAGGGACCGGACGCGCCGGUCGAUCCCACGGAGGAGACGACCAGCUUACUACGGCCCCUCCCACCUAGCGACGUGAACUUGUCGGAUUCACACGUCAGCGCGCACGGUAGAUCGGGCGACCGAUCCCAUGAGGGCAUGGUUGGCUGUUUAAGGCGGCGCCGCGAUUCCCAAAUCUGGAAAACGUUUGGAAGCUUACGCGCUUAUUAACGGGCCGUCAGUCAUUAACGGAGGUUGUUAAGCGGGCCCACCCACCCCGCCUGAUGUAGGGGCGUGAUGCAAUCUCUCUUUCUUCCCGACGCCCACCGUCGCAGUCACCGUGAUGUACUGAGGGAUUCUGGUUCGUCGCCGUCGAUGACACCGAGAGAGAGAGAGAGAGAGAGGGAGUCAGUUAGAGGGCUUCCUGGGGACCACCGCCAUGUGCGGCAUUGUGGAUGAGAGAUGAGAGAGAAAACUACUGCCGCGAGAAGAGAUGAGCCGCCGGCGCCGGUGAGGGGCCGCCGCGGUGAAAUCACUGUCCCCACCUCAUUACUCCUCAUUCCAUCGUCUCCCUAAUGAAGGGCCCGUGGGGCACGGCCUUGGGGGACCAUGACAGGCUGGGGGCACAAUUGGGUCACGUGGCCAUAUUUGGGCCCGAAGGCCACCCAUUGCUUGCCCCCACCGCCCCUCCCUCCCCCCCCCGCUCCCCCUUCAACCUCAACCUCAACCUCACCACAUGUAAUCAAGUCGUCAAAUUUCGCAAUAAUAAGCGCGGUGAAACACCAAAGUUGCCCACGGGCCCGACGUGGGCAAUGGGGCGGAGCUUAAGGGUGGGGCUCCACCCUCCAGCGGGGCUGAUAAUGUCAGUGCUUAACUUGCCAAGGUGUUCUGGGUAAGUCCUUGCCGUCCUUUCCCCAUAGAACGGCGCAAGGGUGAGGCCUAUCUUUCUCUCUCUUUCCCUGUGCGGCACAUGGGUAAUUCUCACGCCCGCCGAAUGGUAGAGUCUGGACGCACGAACCAACAUGCCGCUCCUCCGCGGCAGCGCUUAAAGGACUUCAUUUGGAUUAAUUAAUCCCCUGAGGCUGCGUGGCCCUUUUCUUCUCGUCAAGGGAUGGAGAGAGAAAGAGAGAGACGGAGAGAGAAAGUAAGAGAGAGAGAGAGAGAGAGAGAGUUAUUACGGCCAACAGAAACCGCUGCCAUAUAGUAGAGAAGAAAUCUAGAUCAACUGAUCACCAGCUACAGACCAAGGUCUCAUAAUGGUUAUUCGACUGUAUUAUUUUACACCAAUUCCCAGUAAUCUCUCCAAUACCUGAUCCGAGCCGGCGACGAUCCGAGUCUCGUUGCAAGUCGGGCGGAGAAGUACAGAAUGUCGUCCGAGCUAGGGCAGAGAGCUGGGAGAGUCUGUCCGCCGUCUCCGGGGCAGAAGAACAUCAGCAAGACCAUCACGAGACUCCGACGACUGCCCAGGUCAGAGAAACUUUCCCGUCCAACCGCCGUGUCGGCGCCGCCUCUUGCGUCGUUUGUACAACCGUGGUUCCAGCGGCGUCGAGCGAGACUCGGACCGUGCGGGGUCCCUCUUCAUCGGUGGGAUGCACAUGUUGCCCGGCUAGGCGGUGUUCGUGCCCAUCUACCCUUCCCCCGCCAUCUCCCCCCAUGUUUGUCCAGCCGUAGUAGACUACGACGAGUAGUUAGGUGAAAGAGAAAUUGACAUGUCGGCACUGGACGUCGUAGAAGGACCGCCGCCCCCGAAGGCUCGCCGGCGCACCGCCGGAGACGGCUGCAGUGGGGACGGCGGGGCCAGGGUGUGAUGCCCUCUACCCAUCCUCUUCAUGUGUGGAUGUCUUUCUACCUCUUCGGCAUUAUAUUUAAAAUGUGGGACCGUCAUGAAAGCGUUGAAAACGAUGGAGCCGCCUCCUUGGGCGUCAAAUGGACUCGGGGAGCGACUGGAGAUCUGGUGAAGGGAAGAGACACGUAUCUUCACCUUCCCUUUCAUUCAUCAGUAGGCCGGCUCAGGCAUCCAACACAGGUGGACUCUCUGACGGAAGGUCCGACUUUAAACCAGACCGGAGACUGAAUGGGGCGACUAUUUGAGACCAUUUGUACAAUUAUGAGUUCAUUUUAAAUGCUCAUGAAAAAGAUGUAAAAACAUAGAGAUUAAGGGUGAGAUGUACCUUUGUGCUAUAAUUUAUCCACUUCUGAGGACAAGGAACAGUUGCAAAUUGGUCACAAAUGGUAUGUAAAACCAUUCUAAUAGUUAGACUCAAGUGCCCAGUGGCUAAAUUAUGGUUACUGAAGUGAUUGUGGCUAAAAAACAGUGUAUCAAUGACGAAACUUGUGUAAAAUACUAAAUUUAUUGUAAAUGCUCUAGAAAUAGUUGAACAACUUUAGAAAUCAAUGAUCUUGCAUUGCCUUACUUAUAUUAUCGGUUUUUCAUUUUAAAAACAAAGAGCUACCGCAAUAAAGGUCACAAAUAGUUACCAAAAUCAUUUUAAUAGUUAAACUCAAGUAUCCAGUUGCCAAAUCAUGAUCACUCAAGUUAUGGAAGCUUAGCUCUUCAUUUUAAGUGAGGAAAGUUUUAUACCAUAAUAAGUUUGAUGUAAAUCUGCUUGAAAAAAUUGUAAACAUUGAUAAAUGAGUGAUCAGGUUUAGCCUUUUUGUAUUAUCACUUUUAAAAGGAUUUAUGAAAAAACUUUUUGCAAACACUUACGAAACCAUUCUAAUAGUUGGGCUCAAGUGUCCAGUGGCUCUUGAGUUAGACAUAUGGCAUAGAAGACUUUGACAUGUUAGCACUCUAAUAAUUUAGAAACUACCUAUACUAAAUCCAUUUAGUAGCCCUCUCAAAAUAGAAAAUGAUGGUAAUUAUAUUUUUGAAAGAUACAUAAAAGACAAGACUCAAAACUACUUUAAUCAUAAAGAUCACAUUUAAACAACAAAACCUAUAGACUUGUUGCAGGUUGAUUUAUUCGAUUAUUCUUUGAUAUAUAGUCUUUUGAGAAAGUUUUUUUUUUGUAAUCAUUGAUGAUUUUUCUAAACUUACGUACAUAUAUAUUUUAGCUCACAAAAAUGAAACUUUAGGAUAUUCUAUAAAAUUCAAUAACUAUUUCAAAAUGAAUUGCCAUGCUGACGUGACUUAGUCGUUUUAUAUUAAAUCACGCAAAUAUAAAAUUUAUAAAACUAGAAAAUACGAAUUUUCAGAUAUUUAGAAGUAUUUAUGAAUAAAUAUAUCAAUUAUAAUUCCAUUAAAAUUCCAAAAAAUAGUGGUAAUUUUCCAGGUCGAUCACAGGGAUGUUAUGUAAUAUCUGAUAAUUAUUCAGAAUUUUCCUCUAAGAAUAACAUUUUCUAUGAAUUUUAUACUAAGAAAUGAAAAGGAAAUAUAUUUUAAAUUCACGAAAAAAAAAGGAAAUAAGGGUGCAGACGUCAAGAUGACGUCAGCGCCCGACAAACGUGAAUCGGGCGAAAACAGAGUUCCGCCUGGUGAUUCUUACGUAAGCGAUUACAGAUAAUUUAAUUAAUCAAAUUAAGAUCUGUGAAAGCCGGAAGAAUCGUAAUAGAACAAAGUAUAUUUUGGUAAAUUAAAAUCACAAAAAGUAUCACUAAAUGAAGCGUAAAGUAAGUUAAAAGCAGGAAAACAGAGUUCCGAUGUCGCGACAGCGAUGCGUCGGCGAUGCACCGGAAUUCUGAGUGUUCGGGAGGAUCAUUGUGUAGUGUCUACGGCCUCGAAGGCUCUCCUUGGACAAGGACGACGUGGGCAAUCUCUAGAUCUUCUCGCGAAGUCUAGAGAUUAAUGAAAUUGGUCGUCGAAUUGUCUCUAGCGGCUGUCACCCGGCGGAGCGGAAAAACGGCGACUUUGCAGCUCACCCGAUGGAGAGGAGCUGGAUGGAGGUGGGGUGCAUGUUAGGGAGCUUCAUCCUCAGGUCCACGCAGCAAGAGGAGGCUCUUCAUCGCAUCUGGUAUGCUCUUAGGAGGUGGCGACUCGUCUCUUGACGGAUCGUCCUCUUCCCGACGAUGGCUUGUUCGUCGAUCAAUCGGAGACGAUUUACUCGAUGGAUUCGCGAUCCUUUUAUCGCAAAUCAUUCAGUAAUUUUAGUAGCAAUGCUCUGCGAAUCGCGUUGACGAGAUUUUCACCGAUGAUCUAGCGAUUCUCGUUGCUUAAUCCUUCACUGGCGAUCUGUAGGAAAGUCGCGAUAAUUAGAUAAAAAUAUAUGAAUUUUGACUCUAGGAGGAUUCGAACCCGCGCCUUCUGAGGAAGGUGUGACGCGGGUUUAGUCCCACAUCGGUUGUGCGCCGAUUUUUCAGGCAAAUAUAUAGUAAUGUUACAUUUCUAAGCAAAGUUCCUUCUCUCGCAUGUACGACCACUCCUUGCCCCACAGUCGGCUGGCCACCGGUGACGUGGAAGGGGAGUGGCGCACACAAGCCCCUAUUGGUCCAAGCCGCUCGAGCCCUUGCUUGCGGCUACUCCUUGACUGAGCUUCCGACCCACUUGCGGGCCCGGCUGGCUGGCGGGUCCCCCUAUUUUGUAAUAAUUUAUUUCUUUUUCUUCAUUUAUCUCAAAAGUAAGACUAUAAAAAUCAUAUAAAUUCGUAUAAAAUCACAUAAUUACCCAAAAAAUCACAUUAAUCAGCUGAAAACUACUUUUCACACUUUAACACAAAUAUAAAUCUAUUUAUCAUGAGUUAAGGCUAAAACUAUAUUAUUUACUAAUUAUUAACUCAUGAUAAUGAAGACUUAUCACAUGCCUCUUUAAGGAAAUUAUGAGAGACCAUGAAGGAGAAAUGGGUUCCAAGGACAAUUUUUAGGACAAAUUCGUCUAAGAUCUAUAUUCUCUUUAAGGAAAUUAUGAGAUAGCAUUGGGCAAAAUGAAUUCUUCUAAGAUUUAGAGUGUCUAAUAUCAGAGGACAAAUUCCUUAUGUUCCAUUAAGUUAGGAGUGAAAUACUGUAAAUCGAUGGGUUAAGCUGACUUCUAUUGAAUAUCCAAGUAUCAAUGAGCCUGUCUUGAUCUUAUGGCUCUAUUGACCAAGUACUAAAUAUCCAAUCUUUAGCAAGCUUAUGUACUAGAUCAUAUGGCUCUGGAUACCAACCAUAUCAAGGCCUCAUAAAGCAUAUGUGCUGCACUUUAAAUUUUCAAAAACUAUAGGAACAAAGUAAAGAACAAAUCCCCACUCCUAGAACUUUAG